UCAUAUCAUGCACAACACUUCUCUCUUUCUUCCCACCAAUCUCUUGCAUUUCUCUUUCUGACUCAGUUCUGAAAUUUGCAUUUGAGUACUGUCUACUGUCUACUAUCUACUUGGUGUAUUCAUCUUUCUCUCUGUCUUAUCUCUUCUGUUUCCCAAGCCCAUACAUUCAUCCCCUUCUUCUGCAACAUGGACUAACUCUUCCUUUUUUCUAUUUAACCACCUUAACAUAUCAUCACUUCUUAUCAGUCUUCACUCUUUAGCACAUUGUAGACAUCAUCUUAAACUCACUUCUUUUGCCCUGUUUAGUCUUACUUCUACUCAUCUAAUACUAGCUAGUCUCCUGCAUCUUCUGCUUAUCUUCCUUGCAAGGGAUGGAGAAACAAGAGUGUGAAACUACAAACAUUAGUGCAGAUGAGAGAGCUAAGGUAUUCCCUUGUUUGUUCUGUUCAAGGAAGUUCUACAGUUCACAAGCCUUAGGAGGUCAUCAAAAUGCUCACAAAAAGGAGAGAAUUGCUGCAAGAAAAGCCAAGAGGGCAUCAGAAUUCUCUCUCCUCAACGCGUUCGCGCCACCACCGUCAAUUCCGCCACUAAUAUUCGCUGGAAACCACCAACAGCACCCUCAUAUGACCCUCCUUAGUAACCCAACUCCACCACCAAUGUAUAUUGCUUCCCAUGCUUCCAACAUAACCCAUUUUACAACUAAUGCUCAACUUUGUGACCCAUUUGGGCCUGGUGGGCCCACUAGAUUUCCAAAUAUGAUGGCUUAUCAUAGUAAUAGUGGAAAUGGCCCAAUAACCCCAUGUUCAUCAUGUUAUGAGGAGAACCCUGAGCAAAAUAACAAUAUGGUGAUAAAUUGGCAAAGAGGAAUGAGGUGUAGUGGGCCCAAUAAAUUAACAACAAUGCAAGUGUUAAAGAAGAAUAUGGAAAAUAAAGGGAGAGAUUGUCACAAGGAGAUGGAAAUGGAAAUGGAAAUGAAACUUGAUUUAUCAUUGCACUUGUAGAAAUGGAAAUGAAAAGGAAAUUUUGUUAUGCUAAUAGAGUAAUAUUGGUUAAAAGCCUUAUCUUUUUGCUUAGUAAAGAGAGAAAUGAGAUAAAGAAGAUUCAUGAAAAGGAAUGUUCUCAGACUUGCUUAAUUAGAUUUUUGUGUAACCCAGAAAAUAAUAAUAAAAUAACAUAGUACUCUUUUUUGCAUUGUAGGCCGAAAAAUACUCUUAUACUUGGAAAAUAGAAUUAUUAGAUAAUUAUGAGUUAACCUAGUGACUGAAAGUUUUUCCUUUUACCUUUAGCAGCCUAUUACCGAACAAAAAAAAAUUUGAAUCACUAUAAUAUAUUCCUACUAUAAGUUAAUUUUGUCUUGCCCUUUAAAAAUUUGCAAUUUUUGCUAACCUCUCACAAAUGAAAAAAUGUAAAUAUUACCCAUAAAGCUAUCGUUCCUCCUUCCUCUUCAAUUUGCAAUAUUAUCAAUUCUAUGUGAGUGGUUUUAUAAAAAGACAAGAAAUACAAGGACGAGAUUAAGAGAAAAAUAUAACAAAUUUCAGGUAAACUAAUGAAAUAUUUCUCAACAAUGUGAUGCAAAUCAAGAGUGCUCAUGAAAAGCUAGUCCAUCAUUUAAGAAUGCCAAAAGCUAUCCU